GUAUUUGUUAUAACUUCAAAAAUGUAACUCAUUUUCUCCGCGAUCCACCUCACUGAACUAGAAUUGAUCCAGCUAUUAUUACGUCAUACUGUAUGACGUACAUGGCUAGCAUCAUCGCUAUUUUUGUAUUCACAGUACCACAGCUCCACUCAGCUAGCUAGCUCAGCUCAGUCUCAGUUCUGAGAAAUACUGCCGAUUUUUUUAGGGAUCAACUUUGAUAGAAUAUAAAUCAUCAUAGGCAGGCAGGACAGAAAGAUGAUUGGAGGAUGGCAGUUACGGUUAUCUGACUUCUUACUACCUGUAUUCUUAGUUUUGCUUAGUGCGUCACAAGGUCUAGGUGCAUUGCGUUUGGUGAAUGGCGACGAAAGGUCUGGAAGACUAGAGGUCUAUUACAAUGAAACUUGGGGAACGGUUUGCAGUGAUUCCUUUGCCAUAGAGGAUGCCAGAGUUGCUUGUCGUCAGCUUUUCCCCUCUAGUGAUACCACAUCUGUGGAGUACUUUGAUAGCUCUAAAUAUGGUGAAGGCACUGGACACAUUUGGUUGGAUCAAGUGAGCUGUAUUGGAUUGGAAGCUACCUUGGAUAGCUGUGUGCACAAUGCCUACGGCGAUCAUGAUUGCACUCACUCCCAAGAUGUUGGUAUUUCAUGCGAAACAGGAGAGUCAGAGAGAUCAGGAGGUGGUUAUAACUUCUGGAGCCAAAGUGGAUCAUGGACAGGUACUGGUGUAGGAGUCUUCAUAUGUUUCAUCGUUGGGGGCUCAGCAUACAAAAGGAGGCAAAUACGAUUGAGGCAAAUGCAACAGCACAAUGGUGUUGUUCAUCCCCCUUGUGGCAUCGCGGGGGCUUGUGGUACUGGGGGCAACCCCCGACCCUUUACCAUCCAAACACCACCGGCGCAACCGAGUGAGCCCCGCCCUUAUCCAGUUCAGACCUAUUCACCCGUUUACCCGCCUCCAGUGCAGGAUCCUUCAGGAUAUCCUACCCAGCUCCCUCCUGUUGAAAAUACUGGACCCUACCCUCCACCAUACCCAACCAAUCAACCUGGAGAUGCACCACCAUUGAAUCAGCCGCAAAGUGGUAUUAUACAAGAAGGUGACCUUCCCCCUCCACCAAGCUACAAUGAUAUUGUCAAGCGAUAGAAGCCAAAUCUCUGGUUUCCUAUUUUCCAUUGAGAAGACUCUGGGACUCAAAAUGCAGGUUCCUUCUGGCAUGGUAGCGCAAAAUGGAUGGGCAGCGUCAUAUUUGUAAUUGUGAUGAGUAUUGCGUGUGCAGGUUCUGCAUAUAGACAGAGACAACUAUACUUGAUGCGGCAUCGGCAACAAAACAACAAUGACACAAGCACAGUCCCUGCUGCUCCGGUUGAUAACCCAGGAUCUAUGCCCUAUACGACUCAACAACCCCCACAGCAACCGAGUGAGCCCCGCCCUUAUCCAGUUCAGACUUAUUCACCUGUUUACCCACCUGCCUCUACAGGGGGUGCCCCACCAGAUAACCGAUACCCCACACAGGCUUACCCGCCUCCAGUACAGGAUCCUUCAGGAGCCACUACCAAGCCCCCUCCUGUCAAAAAUACUGGACCCUACCCUCCACAGGGAGCCUCUGCACCAUACCCAACCCAUCCACCUGGAGAUGCACCACCAUUGAAUCAGCCGCAAAGGGGUAAUAUACAGGAAGGUGACCUUCCCACUCCACCAAGCUACAAUGAUGUCCUCAAAAGAUAGGAGCAAAGUCUCAUGAGCCAGGUCUCAAAGUAACUUUUCUAUUGCCAGUGGAAGUAAAGUUUCUCUAAAAGUUUGUUUGUUUUAUUCAUGUUAACAUCAUCAUUCCUUUGUGAGCAUAAACCAGAGAUUGUCAGUUGGAUUUGGUUCUACGCUUUAUACUUUGAUGACAUUGAAAGCCAAAGUUUAGUCACAUUUGAGUAAAAGUUGGAAUGUUGAAAAAUAGGUUGAAUCUAUUAUGAACCAGAUUUUUUUAUUUUAUAUUCAUUUUUUUUUUUGGGGUAGGGGUUUAUUACGGUAGUUCACAUUUUGGCAGUAUAUGUGGCACUUCAUAUUGUGGUCUAAUAUAAAACACAUGCAUAACCUCACAGCAUUAUGAAACACCAUUAACUGUAUUUUUCUAAUUCAUGGAUGCAUUCAUUUUGCAAUUAUUGUAUCAAUUAUUUAAAAAUGCUGGAGGUGCCAUUACGAGAAGAAAAAUUGCCUUUAAUUAAAUAAGCAAUCCUCAGUAUUCAUUGCUAUAAACCGGUCUGUUGAUUUUGAAUGACUAAUGUGUUGAAGAUGAAUAGUGCCUUUGCAUUCUACCACCAUUCAAUUGUAAAUGUACAAUGCUUUUUAAUCAGUUUCAGUUAUAUGUUCAUUGUUUAUAGCCAAGUGUAUUGGAGAAUAAUGCUGACAUUAGUGUCAGUUCUGCCAAGAUCAAGCUGUGGAGGCCAAUUUUUACAUUUCUUCAUGUAUCAAAUGAGCUCUUAAUUGAUAUAAUCUUGCUUAGGGCUGAAUUUUUAUCCAUGUUUGAUCAUGAAAACAAGAGUUAAUACCAAUUUCUUUUGAGUGAUAAAGUAGAGCAUUGAUAUAGAUAUUUAAUGAAAAUAAUAUCUUUACAAUUGAUUCACUGCCCUUGUCUGAGAUUAACCAAUCAUACACUAUACCUUAAACAUCUGUCUUGUACAUGUUCAUUUUCAAUAUUUGGCAGCCUCCCUUUUUGCAACUUGCCAUCUUAUAAAUGUUAACAUUGAAAAAUUAAACUAUUGGCCCUUACCUAUUCAAUUCUGGAAGUAAAUUUGUUGAUUUGCCAAAGUAACAAGUUUUGUGUAACCAUAAGCAAAUUUUGUCGGCAGACACAUAAACUAUAUAGGAUAGUCCCAAAUGCAUCAAGACAAUCAGUUUAAACACAAACAAGGGAAAUCCAACCCUAAUGACAAAUAAGAGGAGGAAAUUGGUGAUUUAAACAAAACCUGAUAAACUGUUAGGAAAAAAGUUAUGGAAUUGAACUUAAAUCACUGUAAUGAUCAGGGAAUAUCAUAUUGUCUGAAUAGGCAGGCUCUUUGAUGUACGCCUGGGACAACUUGCACAUUUGCUUUAAUAAUUACACAAUAUAUUUCUGAAAUGCUUUUCUCCCAAAAUAAAUAUUCCAGAAACAAUUUGUUCUCAUAUGAGGACCUAUAUAUUCCAUGACAUAAAUUAAUUAAUGCCCUGAGGUGAAGGGCAGAUUCCUAAAGGAAAAUGCAAAAAAAAAUCCAGUAUUAUCAAUAAGGAUGAACUUGGACACCAAGAUGAGUUUAACACACAUCUCUGGAAAAACAAAAAAUAUCCCCAUAACCAUUUUUUUUCACCAAAUAAUAAUUGUAUAUGAUGCUAUGAGGCAGUACUUAAAUUAUAUCAGGGACAUGAAUAUUAUUGAAACAAAACGGAACCACAUGAAUAACUUUUUCAGAGGUAUAUCCAAAGUCACUCAUGCAUCCAAAUUUUUUGUUGAAUGGAUAAUCAGAAAGAUGACCCAUUGAUUAAUAAUUGACCUACCAAAUUGUCAAUUUUAUUCCCAUGGCUUAGGUGAUCUUACUUUUCAAUCAUCCAUAAUUCCAUAUUAUUAGUUAAAUUUCUUACAAACUUUCACCAGUCUAGUUUCUUAUUUCUAAACUUUCUUUCAGUUGAUAUUAUUACGAAGGUCGCAUUCUCAUCAAAUAGAAUAAUGAGUAUGCAAGUGUUGUGAUAAAUGUACAACUAAUUUUGUUGUGUCGGUGCAAGAACGCCUGUAGCAAAACAUUUUAGUGCACCCCAUUCGUGCAGAAACGCCUUUACACAAUGUCCCUAUGCGUGCUGCUAUGCAAAAGUGUGGUGUUAAGAGCCUUCUUGCAUUGACACGACGAUAUGUGCAUUUGAGUGGUUCAUUCUCAUAGUGGAAUAACAUUUAUUCACAAAUAAUAUUUGAUAGUACAUUUUGCACGAUUCUCAUAUGCACUGCAAGUACACAAAUCUAACAUAACUAUACUUUAUUAAUGUUGAAAUAUAAUUAUCAUAGUAAUGUGCCAUAUUUUACUUUAAACUUAAUUUCACAAUGGAAAUACAGAUAGGGACAUCAUUUACAUUCUCUUCACCCCUGUUAUACAUGUAUAGCAUUCCAAACCAUGCAUUGUACUUGAAUAUGAUCUAAGGCUGAACAUUCAUAACAAUUUUCUUACAUAAAAAUUAUAGGAAUGCUUUAAAAUCACUUCAGUACUAUUCGGUUUGGUAUUUAAGUAUUCGAAAAACAUUUCCAUCAUUAUAUAUUGUGCUAUUGAUAUUUGCUGAAAGGUUCUUAUUUGUAUAUAUUGCAGUAAAGUAUAUUAACCAUAAAGUAAAGUAUAUUUCUAGAAAAAUUGUCUUUCACUUUUACUUCACGUAGCUGAUAUCUUGUGCGGGUAAUGUAGCAAAUACAGUUGCUCUGUGAAUAUGCAUUGCAACUUAAAUUAUCAUUCUAUAUGUGUGUAAUCAGAUUUGGGCUGAAAAGUGUUCUUAAAUCCUAAGAGGCUUUCAGCUUAUAGCUGUUUUUAAUUAAUGUACUUAAUUUAAGCUGAAUUUGAGAAGCAUUUUUUUUUUUCUGAUAGUAUUACAUCAAUCGUGGAGUCCACACUUCAAUGCACACAUACAUGUAUAUGAAGCCUUAUACACACAUCGGCAGGGAGAGUUUGUGUAUUUUAAACAAAAGCAUUAUACCGGUAUAUUUCAAGUGCAAGUCACAGUCACACAGAAUCGCAGAAAUCAUUGUAAUAGUGUAACAAGACAAGUUCUGUAUUUGUGUCAAUGUGUAUGACAUGCAAUUUCUAAGAGUUCUCAAGUUUGUAAAGUUAGUUCUUAAUAAACUUUGAUAGCUGCACUGAUAUGUAGUUUUUGAUAAUUAUUAUAUCACAGUUUGUACAUGUAAUGUAGCGGAUAUUUCUUGUCAUAACUAUCUUUGUAAGCCAACUGCAAGACACAUGAGGAGACUUUCAAAUUGUAUGCUGUUUGUUAUGAUUAUGAUAUUGUAAUGUCAGGGAUAUUUUCACUCUGAUAUUUUCUCUCAAAAAAGAUUGUGUGUAAACAUGGAUUAGUCACAAAUAUACAGUCCUAGAAAAAAGGAAAUCGGGAUUUCCACAUAUUUUUCUUCAAAGGCAAAUUAUGAUAUUUUUUUUACAUCAUCAUACAAUUGAUUUAUUCCUCUACAUUUUGAUACCUAUAUUGUAAUAUGUGACGAAAUACUUCAUGCAUUAAUGAGCAAGACGAGUUUUAGAUUUUAAUAUAAAGAUCAGGUUGCGCAGAAAAAUUGGACAAGUUUGGUUCGUGAUACGACAACCUGUGCUUAUUUGAUGAUUGACUCAUUAGGCAUUCUUUUUUUUUCUUUGUUAGGUUUCUCUCACUGAUCCCUGAAAUGAGAGUCGAUUCAGAUUCUUAGAGUUUUUGCGCAAAUCGUUUGUGAUAGGCCUCAAUAUUUAUUGUUUGUAACCUGCCAUGCGUUAAUGAUAUGCUAAGCUGUUGGUCUCAAAUUAAAUAUGAGAUUCCACUCUUACCAUAAGUAUCAGAUUCAUAGUAAAAGUAUGUUUAAUAUUGAUUGUGAAAUCUAUCUUGGAAAACAGGUUUCCUUUUUUGUGGGACGCACUGUAUAUUUACUGCAUAAUCAAUAAAUUAUUGUGAUUUUAUUUGAAAUCAAAGUAUUCAGUUUGAUAUCAGUGAUCAGUGAUAUUCUUAACAUUAUAUUGUGAUUUUGAUUACUGCGUAGUCACAUCAUUUGUUAUACAGGAUAUAUUUCGUGUAGUGAUUGUAAUGUAAAUAUCUUGAUGUAUACACCUAGUGCCAACACUCUUUUGUACUGCUGAUGAAGGAUGAUACAGACAUCGUUGAUUUGAAGUUUGUUGGGCGUGGAUUUAAAAAUAAUGUGAACAAAGCAAAUUGAUCCUACCCCCUUGGAUGUAUUAUUUGCCAUUUUCUAUGUAUUUGAGGGAAUGUUUAUAUAAUUUUUCCUAAAUUUAUUUUUGUAUGUUAUUAUCAUCAUUAUUUUUUGUGGGGAGGGGGUGGACGAGAUGAUUUAUAUUAGUAAUGCGGCCCAAAAUUUAGUUAAAUCUCUACCAAUUUAAGUAUUUUCUGUCCAGCAGAAAUCCAAUAUUCUGGAUUUGCCUCACUCCACCAAGGGAGUAUGUGGUAUUAUUGAACAUUCCUGUAAACUGCAAUACUCUGAGAGCAGGCAGAAGCUAUCACAGGUUAAAGCUGAAAUUGAAUUACGAACAGCUAAAAUUGUAAUCAAGUUUGAUUAAAUAAUUCUAUGAAGUUUAAUUGGUCUACAAAUACUUGAAAUUGAGUUUGCCUCUUAUAUAUUCACCCCAGAGGCAAUACUUUCCAAGAAAUCUCUAGAAGUAUCUUAUGAAGUGAGAAUGUUUUUAAUUUGGUUUCAAAUAUUGUAUGAAAAUGUGAAGCUUUAUUAGUAUUUAUUCAUUUUUUUUAUUUAUUUAUUGGUAUAUACUUGACCAGCAGCACAUGCUGAAAAGGUCAAUUUCACCAAAAAAUUGGUGAAUUACAAUAUUACAAGCAACAAGCAAAUGAAAAUUAUUCUAUAUCAAAACUUAACUCUUGAUUUUGAUUACUUAUUCAUGUUUUAUUCAUUUGAUUUAUUGUUUAUAGUUGGGUUUAUUUUUCUUGUUAAAGUGAAUUUAUUUUCAUGCGGAUCCACCACUGAGGGUAAUAGUCAUUUACAUGUAGUUCCCUGUGUUCAGGCUUUGAGAACGAUAUUCCAAUAUACUGAUGUGUUCUUCUAUAUUGUAUAUCAUAUUUUAAUAUUAUGUUUUAAAUUUUUUUACUGCUCAAGUUUUCAUGCAAUUGUAUGAUAUGUGUAUGUUUUAUUGGAAUUAAAUAAAUGAAUUGAAUAUCAUGAAUAUCAUAUUCAUUCAUUCUUGGUAACCUAUUUCCAUUGCCCCUUUGGGCUUUGGGUGUCUUUCUAUAAACUAAAAUCAUGAAACAAAAUAUACUACGAUAUUUAAAGUUAUCUUAUAUGUAUAUUUUGUGUGUGUUGUUUUUGCAAUUUGCAAAUAAAUAUGUAUCAAUUAAUUAACACAA